AUGGAGCAAUGGCAGCACGCGUACGGCCUGGCCGAAUCGCUCGGCGAGCCACCCGCAACAAUCUCGCUGCCGCCAGGGGUGCCGCGCGCGCCGCACCUAGAGGACUGCAGCGCGCGGACCGCCGCGCGCCUAGCGCUGGAGAGGCGCGGGUCGCGGGGCGAGUCGCCCGCGUGGGCACGAGCGCGGCUUCCCCAACCCCCGUGGGUGCGCGGGUCAGAGGCGGGCAAUCUGGGCGGCACGCGGGAGGCGCAGAGGGACCUGUGGGAGCACCAGUUCCCGCCGCACGAAUGCCACGGGCGUCGCCUGCUGCUGGUGCGGUGGCUGGACAUGACGGGGCACGGGCUGGGCUCGCAGCUCCACGUCAUUGGGUCCAUGCUGAGCAUGGCCAUGCUCUUCAACCGCACGCUCGUCAUCGUGCCGGGCAGCUUUCCGUUUGCAGACCACAGCGAGUGCCAGGGGCCGGACCGCGGGUCGCUCGACUGCUACUUCUUCGCCCUCACCUCCAUCCACUUCCGCAAGAUCGCCAUGCGCGCUUUUAGAGAGUACAUGGCGAAGCGGGGGCUGGUGGGGCGCAUGCCCAUGGGGUGGUUCAAGCAGCGCGGGUCCCCCUGGUGGCGCUGGGUCGCCAUGCAACGCCGCCGCCUCGUUGCUGCGCGCACCAGGGCUCGUGCUGCGAGCGCUGGAGCGGUGCACGGGGGGAUAGAGGGCGUUGUGAGCAGGGCGGAUGGGGGGAGCAGGGGGGAUGGGGAAGAGGAAGAGGAUGAGUGGGAGGCGGAGAGCGGUGCGGUGCGGUGGUGCGGAUUGGAUACGAAGCGCACGCUGGAGUCGGAGGCGGUGGUGGUGUUUGGGUGCAGCCCGCUGCUGCCCCGUUGGGCUGGCGGCCGCUACCUCAUGCACCUGCGCGGUGCUGCUGCUCAGCUGUGGGGGGAGGCGUACAGGGAGCGCACGGUCACCAGCGAGGUCAGCGGCCAGCUCGUGCACACCAACACCACGCUGCUCAAGGAGCAGUGGUGGCGGGCGCAGGCGCUGCGCUUCAUGCUGCGCUGGCCCUCGCCGUACCUCUGCCAUGUGCUCAACCGCCACCGCGACCGCGCCUACGGCAUGCACGUGGCGCGCGCCAUGGCAGGCGCCAUGCGGCGGCAGCACCACGUGCUCAGCGUGGCGGCUCACCUGGCCAGCAGCAUGGGUGAGGACCUGCGCGGCCACCUGCUGGCAGAGGCGGUGGGCGCGUGGGCAGGGGGCGUGGGGCAGGCGGAUGCCUCGCAGCCGGCGUUGCCGGUGGAAGAGCCUGGCAGCACGGCUGCUGCACUGCAAGCACGCUCUCUGCUGCUCUCCUCGCCGAAACCUGCUGCUGCUGUGGCUGCUGGCGAUGGCGAUGGUGGGGGGGGAGUGGGGGAGGAGGUGUACAUGCCGCGGGCGAUGGUGAGUGUGCACGUGCGGCAGGGUGACAAGGCGGUUGAGAUGCGGCUCUUCUCCUUCCCCUCCUUCGUCUUCCUCGCCAACCGCCUGCGCCGCCUCGACCCCGCCCUGCACAACGUGUGGCUCAGCACCGAGAUGCAGGGUGUGGUGAAGAGGUCGUCUCGCUUUGGCAACUGGAACUUCUUCUAUUCCCAGGUGCCACGGCAAAACGGCAAAGAAACCAUGUCACACUACCUUCGCCGUACUGGCAUGGCUCGUGUGGUGGGAGCCAGUUUUGCCAACCUGCUGGUGUCAUCAGAGUGUGAUUACUUUGUGGGAGUUCUCGGUUCAAACUGGAAUUGGCUUAUCAACGAGCUGAGAUUGACCAAUGGGAGGCUAUUUGCAGGCUACGUCGCAUUGAACUUUGAUGAGUGCCUUCUAGGCGUGUUCUUCAUGCUAAUCAGCACGCUGUCGUGGAGACGACUAGCCCCGCACAGCAUCGUCAAGCCGUUCGCAUUGCGGGGCGACGCGAGGGACGGCGCUCGGCGCGGCGUGGCGGGGCUGGAGGACCUCGGGAUGGACGAGCGCGGCGUCAGCCAGUACAUGGUCCACCUGCCCGAACUCGCGCGCUUGGCGGAUACGGCGGACGAUGCGAGCCUGUGGCGAUCCAUAGCGGUCGGAGCGGCGGCGCUCGAAGGGAGGGCUUCGCACGAAAGGCGGGCGGAAAGCGAGGGGGAAGGGGUGGAAGGAGGAGGACCAGGCUUUGCACAGGAUCCGGCGCGCUGGGGGGAGUUAGUGCGCGCGCGGCUGGAUGCAGCGGAUUCACGCACGGGGGACGCCGAGGCGAGCGUACCGAGAGGGAGCGGAGGCGAGGGGAAGGACGGGCAGGGAAGCGCGAGCGGGUGGGAAGGAGAGAGGAGGACCGGGGAUAGGGAAGUGGUGGCAGCACCAUCGCACAUAGACGCGCUGUCGCAUGACGGCCAGGAGGUGUCGCAGGGAGGCGAGGAGGUGUCGCAGGGAGGCGAGGGGUUGGAUGGAGGCAAGGAAGCGUCGCAGGAAGGGGAAACGGUGCGGAUAAACAGGCCCGGCGAGGGUUCCGUGAGAAUAUACGAGGUGCGUGGUGCGAGAACGUAUGAGAUGAACACAUGA